CAUCACGGCCGAUCCUGACCCCGCUCCCCGUCCCGCUCCCGGUCCCUGGCCCGUGAGGGGGGCGCGGGACGGGCCGAUGCGGCGGCGGGCAGGAUGCACCAGAAGCUGCUGCGCAGCGCGCACUACAUCGAGCUGGGCAGCUACCAGUACUGGCCGGUGCUGGUGCCCCGCGGCAUCCGGCUGUACACGUACGAGCAGAUCCCGGUGUUCCUGAAGGACAACCCCUACAUCACCGACGGAUACCGCGCUUACCUGCCCUCCCGCCUCUGCAUCAAGAGCCUCUUCAUCCUCUCCAACGAGACCGUCAACAUCUGGAGCCACCUGCUCGGCUUCCUGCUGUUCUUCACGCUGGGCAUCUACGACCUGACGGCCGUGCUGCCCGCCGCCGGCGCCUCCCGCGAAGACUUCGUCAUCUGCUCCGUCUGCCUCUUCUGCUUCCAGGUCUGUAUGCUUUGCUCAGUAGGAUAUCACCUGUUCUGCUGUCACCGCUCGGAGAAGACCAGCCGGCGAUGGAUGGCACUGGAUUACGCAGGAAUUUCCAUCGGGAUCCUGGGCUGCUACGUGUCAGGCGUGUUCUAUGCCUUCUACUGCAGUAACUACUGGCGCCAGGUGUAUUUGAUCACUGUGCUGGCCAUGAUCUUGGCAGUGUUUUUUGCUCAGAUCCAUCCUAGUUACCUCACACAGCAGUGGCACAGGCUGCGCUCCAUCAUCUUCUGCUCCGUGUCUGGCUAUGGAAUCAUUCCCACCAUCCACUGGGUUUGGCUCAAUGGUGGCAUUAGUGCAUCCAUUGUACAGGAGUUUGCUCCGCGGGUAGUUGUCAUGUACUUCAUCGCUGCUGUAGCUUUUCUCUUCUAUAUUUCCAAAGUUCCAGAAAGAUACUUCCCAGGCCAGCUGAACUACCUCGGCUCGAGCCACCAGGUGUGGCACAUCCUGGCAGUGGUGAUGCUGUACUGGUGGCACCAGUCCACAGUGUACAUCAUGCAAUACCGACACAGCAAGCCCUGCCCCGAGUACGGCGUGGACUUGUGAGCAAAGAGGCAACAGUGGGAUUUCUGUCUCUGAGGGGCUGGACUUCACAUAACAAGCUGUGCUAUGGACUGAAGCACUGAGGCAGUUCCUUUCCUGACUCCUGGAUUGUUACCCUCUUGCUGGGACAGAGCGUUGCCACGAGCUCUGAUAAACCCACCGGCAUUGCCUGGGAUCUGGGAGACAUUUCCUUCUCAGCCACUUGCUGUUCUGCAGUCAAGUACCAGACAGGUCUUCCUUGAGCAGGACAGUGGGAAGCUGGGCUGUCCAACUUGGCAUGCAGAUCUCGGUAGGACUUUUUGUUGCCUGGCAAAGACAAACAGCAGAAGUGAGUACCCCUGGCUGAGCCAACAGGGUUGGACACCAGGAUUUUGGGUGUUGUUGAGGUGCACAAUUAGGAGGAUGCUCCUGACAGUGUGCCUGUAAAACCAUGGGAACUCUGGGACCCAGUCCUGCAUCUGAAGCACAGCUCUGUGGUCUGUGCAUCCUUCUGCCUUUGCCCGAAAGGCCCUCUCGUGCUUUAGCAUUGGUACAGGAACACGUAAACUGGAAUUGAGUGGAUUUGUGUCCUCUUCUGGACAAGCUCCUUCCCUUUUUCUGGAAGUUAAGAUCACAUCCAGCACAGCUAGAUCUUCACUGCAGAUCUUACAAAUUGCCUCCAAUAGGGUCAGUGCCAUUGCUUGAAGAAAUUUCUCUAGAUCCCUUCAGUAUUGUGAAAUAUUCCAGGAGAGGCACUAAGCCUGUGCGCCCAUGUUUGUUGCUGUCCUGCAAUCAGUGGACUUGCCUGAGUAGUGAACCUGCUGGGGAUGCAAAUCUCUGACCUUUGGCUUUUCCAUGUAUGAAAGGUUAUAGUGCACUCGCAGCUGCUGUUACCCAAAAGGACUUGCUGCCAUAAUCCUGCCACAGUGAAAAGGCUUCCUGGAGUUUCAGGACCUGCUGUGGAACCAUCGCAUAUAAACUCCACACCCAGGAACCAUGAAAUGCACAAGUUAUUGGGUAGCUGUAGCUCAGCAUGAUUAACCUCCAGGGGUGCUGGUCUUUCCAACAGGAUUGAAAUCCUUUGGAUUUUUGGGCUAGAGGCAACAUUUUUAAGUGAUUUGUAUAUAGCAGCUGUGCCUAUGUUGACAAUUUAGUCAGGCAGCAGUACCUGUUGCUGCUGCUGCACUUGCCCAAGUGUCAGCAUUAUCCAUUUGGAGGCUGCUCCACAUGCACCAUGAUGCCAUUAGGACUAAUCCCAAGUGGCUCUGUCCCCAUAGUCGGAGGGGACAGGCUGGCUCUGUGAGGGGCCCUCCUCGGGGUGGGCAGUCUCUGUGAGUCCCCCAAAGCUCCCUCUGCCUGGGCUACAUGAGCUCUGCUCCUCAGCCUUUCUGGUCAGGGUGUGCCAAGAACACACAGAGUAGCAGUGGAAGCUCACGGACAGGCAUCUGAACAAUCCUUGGGGAUGGAGAAGGCAGGAUACAAACUCCUCUGGAGCUUACAGACAGGCACUUGAACUCCUUGGCAAUGGAGAAGGCAGGACACAAGCUCCUCCCAGUGUGCUGGUGGGGGAUGCUUCUGUUCAGCUCAGAGGGCUGUUUCGGUGCUUUUUUAUUGUUUUGGUUUUUUAACCCCAGAAACAAGCGUUGGCAAGAACUGACUCCACAUUUACAGUUCAGCUCCCGGACCUUAAGCCUUCCAGUGUAAACACUGAUUUUAUAUUUUUUUUUAACUUGACAACCAAGCAAGUUUCAAGUGCACUAAUUACUACUACUGAAGCCUGACAAGGAACCUGCAAGUACAGAAGUAAUUUCCAGUGUUAUGUGUACAAUAAUAUCUGAAGAAUGUGUCUGUGCUCUGAAAUCAUACUGACUUUAGAGUUUACUAAUGUAAUUUUUUUAUGGAAACUCCUAACUACUCUAUCAGUUUUCACUGGAUAAGGAAACUGACUGCCAAGCUGUGCAUUUUUACUACCCUGACAAAAUUUAUCAAGCUGCAUGAUGGUCUUCUAUGUACAUAGUGAACCUGUAAAUAAAGUCCAGGUCAUUGGCGGUUUC